AUGGAUCCCAUCAGGCACAAGACUUCACCCUUCCCCUCCAAGCCGACCACAGUGCUACUGGCCUGGCUGCUGCUGCCUUGCCCAGAGAGGUCAUCCCCCUUGAGAGAGGCAAGUGAAAUGGAUGUUGAAGCUGUUGAAAACAAGAUAAGAAAUACUGUCUUAGCUAAAAGGAUUCGAAUUUCUGAGUACUUUGGAGAUUAUGACAAAUUACAUAGUGGUUAUAUAACAAGAUCUCAGUUCCUACGAUGCUUGGACCAAACCAUAGGGAUUCGUCUCACUCUUGAGGAGAGCAAUGCCCUAUUUAGUAAAUAUGACUUAAAGUGCAACGGCAUUAUCAACUACAAGCACUUCGUUGAUGUCAUUGAUAAACGUUUCAGUCCAAAUGAGAUGGACAAAGAUCCAAGUCUUCAGAUAGUGAAAGCUCCAGAAAUUCUUCAAGAUAUCAAUCCUGAAAAUGAUCCAGACAUCAUGAAGUGCUAUGAGACCAUCAUGAAGCAGCUCUCUUUUUAUUAUAAAUACCAUGGUAUUGAUGUUUUGCCACCAUUUAAAGACUUAGACAAGCUAAACUCUGGAACAGUAACAGAUAAUCAGUUCCGUCGUGCCAUAAUACGUCCCAUUGGUCUGUCAGAUGAAAUGGUGUCAAUGAUUGCCUCUCAUUAUGCAGUGCCAGGGAAGCCUGGCUUCAUCAAUUACAUUUACUUUUGCAAUGAUGUUUGCAACAGGAUCAAGACCAUGGAAGCAGACCAUCCAGUUAGACCAACUAUUCCUUAUGGGUACUGGCCACCUGAGUUACCCAAAUCACCUGAGAUUCUAGAGGUGUUUGACAAAAUCCGGAACAUUGUCUUCAUAAAGGGGAUUAGAACGCCAGAAUUCUUCAAGGAUUACGACAGACUGCAUAGUGGUCUUAUCACAGAAAGUCAGUUUAUACGAGGCCUGAAUUUGGCUUGUGGGAAAGAAGGUAACUUUACAGAGCAGGACAUCCAGACACUUCUCAAAUGUUUCAGUGCACCAGAUGGCAAAGUUCGCUAUCGUGACUUCUGUGAUGUGAUGGAACACGCAUUUAAUAUCCCUCAUUUGGAAAAGUACCCCAGAGCGGAGGUGUGCAGGCCACCAAAUGGGACCCUAUUCCAGCUUGGGAUAAAGCUAACAGGUGCAGAAGAGAAACGGCUGGAAACUGUGCUCGGAGAACUUUCUCAGCAAGUAGAGAAGAGACAAUUAUUGGUGAACCCAUUUUUCAGAGACUAUGAUGAGAAAGUGGCAUAUAGAAGACUCCUGUCCAAGUCACAAUUUGAGAGAACGCUGGAUUAUUUGGGACUCAGUGUGCUGCCAAUGGACUUACGGCUGCUGUGUAAGAAAUUUGGGGACCCAACAACUGGAGAUGUAAAUUAUGUUGCAUUUAGCCAGGCCAUUGACAAAGAAUUUACGGGUUUCAAAGUGGAUUCCUUUGAGCUUGAGAUGCCAGCAGAUAAACCCAUUGACAUUUCACCAGAAGAACAACAGAUUGGAUUCAAGCCACAGCUAAAGACUGAGAGUGACACACUGGCGUUGGGCGCGUUGUUGGGCCGACUCCGCCACCAUGUUUUGGUCAACAGAGUCAGGACUGUUGACUUCAUUGAGGACUUUGACCCCUUGCGCAGUGGAAGAAUCCCUACAUCAGUCUUUAGGAGGGCUCUCAGUAUGAUAGGAUUUGACCCUGAACUAACUGAUAUUCAAUUCAGAACUCUGGUGAAGUGUUAUGAAGAUCCUAAUAAGCCUGGCCACAUUGUGUGGAAUAAUUUCACCAAUGACAUUGACUCAGUUUUCACCAUUCCUGAAUUGGAAAAGAAACCCACUGUAAAGGUUCCACCAUUAGAGACUUACCAACUGCCCAAGGUUGGCACUGUGGAUGCAGACAUCUUAAACCCUCCAGAGAGAACUCAGUUCGAGGCUUUGAUGUGUCGUUUGAAGGAACGAAUCAGCCACAGGCAUCUCAUAACACACCCAGUGUUUAAAGAUUUUGACAAGUAUAACCAUGGCCACUUGUCUCGAUCUCAGUUUCAUCGAUGUCUUGCACAGCUCAAUCUAGGAGUGACUGAGAAAGAAGUAGGUUUGCUGGAGGAAGUGUUCUUGGAUGAAUUGGGCAUUGACUAUGUCAGGUUCCUGGACCAGGUCGAUCCACAGCCGAAGCCUGAGGAAAAGUACAGCAAACUGAUGAGUGAGAUCCAUCAGCUGAAUGAUUCAAAGAGAAUCCAUGAACAGGGGGCCUCAAAUGACAUUAAGUGCAUCUUACAAAAAAUCAAAACCAAGGUAUACAGAACCCGCGCCAAGAUUGGUGAUCAUAUGAAGGAUUUUGACAAACUGAACAGUGGACGUAUUCUAAAGACUAACUUUAGAAGGGCUCUUGAUUUGGAUGGGUUUGAAUUGCAACCUUCAGAGAUGGCAAUACUUGAGAAAGUGUAUGAAUCCUGCAAGGAACCAGACUUUGUUGAUUAUAAGGUGUUCAUCAAUGAAAUUGAAUCUAUUUUUACAGUUGAUCACCUUGAGAAGUCUCCUCAAGCAGAGGUGAGCCAGUACAAACCACCUGCCGAUUGGACUCUCAACACACUGUCUGCGGAAGAAAUCUGUGUUUAUGAGGAGACCUUGGGCAGACUGGCAGAAAAGGUGAGAAAGAAACAAAUCCAGCUCUUCCCCCCGUUUGAAGACUACGAUCGUCUGAACAUUGGCAGCGUCACACAGUCACAGUUCCACCGUGUACUGACUGAGCUGGAUCUGGAUAAUGUACUGAGCUUAAGGGACAUCCGUAUCCUGAUGCAAAGGUUUCGGGUGAAGGUUGGCACUGGUGAUAAUGUCAACUACAUUGCAUUCUGUGAUGCUGUGUACGAUGCAGCCCAGAUGGACAAGAGGAUGCCUUAGCACUGAGCUUGGAGUGGAAUACUGUCACACUAUCCCUCCUCUUUCUCUCCUGUCCCCACACUCUGAUCCCCAUUCAAGAGAAAUGAUUCAAUAACAUUAAGAACAAAGAAGGAAAAAUCAACAGUUUUUUAAAAGUAACUUAGUUCCCAGGCAAUAGAGAACAUAAAAAUAUUUUGCAUUUUGAACUUCUCUGACAACUUUCAUAAAAAUUUAGCAAUUCAAUUCUAUGUGGUGUUUUCAGUGAUUUUUCUAAUGCUGUUUUAAUGAAUUAAAUUUUAUAUUCUUUGGUAAUGCACGUUGAGGUGUUAAACUAAAACACAGUCUACCCUUUCGUGUAGAUGUAAAAGAUCUCAGGCCCUAUCUGACUAUUGCUAAUUUGCCUGGUAUCUGGACCAAUAUUCAUGCUCAGCCAACAACACUGCAAGAGCAGGCUGUCUGGU